CAAAAGUAAUUGAUAGGCGGCAUCGCCUACCCGUCGCAGAGGAAAGACGACGCUUCGCUGCGUCCCUCGGUGCAGUUGACAAAGGCACAAGGUCAGAACUUUUAUCUCGAUGGAAUCGCUGUACGCUCGAGACACGCCCACAGCGCAGGAGCGCAAGCUCAAGCUCGCGGAGCGCAAUCAAGUAAUCGAAGACGGACAAGUGACGCUCAAGCCGCAGGAUCCUUCAAAUGAGGAGCAGCAUCCAUCCGAGGCGCUCGACAGUCUCAUGGAGACAGCGACGGAGUCCAAUGCCAAUACAGAAGCUGGAAAUGCUCCAAACGCAACUGCCAAUUCAGCAGACGACACGUUCGGUUUCAACUUCUCCUCUAUACAAAGAGAAGAGCUUGAAGACCAACACUGGACUUCACAAGGAACGGAAGACGGGGAAAAUCCACCAGAAAGCGACAAGAAGACGGAGGAAGCACGACUGGCAGAGCUCAGUGGAGAGUCAAGCUCACUUGCUUCCAAUUCCGAGAAAACCGAGAUGAAAGCUACGGAGACGCCGCAGUCGGUUCAAGAGGAAGCACCACCGGUUUCUUGUACGUCGGGGUCUACUCAACCACGACGAGCUGGAGUAGCGUCGGUGCCUCGCAAGGCGAAACCAGCGAUCACGAUCAAUACCGGUUCGGGUUCGACAGGUGUUGGGUCUAAACGGCCACCCCCGACGCCGAUUUCUCCACCAACUUUCUCUUGGAACGAUAUUUUACGGGUGCAAAAUUUGAUCGAGAGAUGUCUCCAACAGUAUCUGAGCAAGAACGACAUUUUGAUCACACUUAAAGAGCAGGCAAACGUGGACCCAGCCUUCACCAAUGUUGUGUGGCAAAAACUCGAGGAGCAAAACCCGACGUUCUUCCGAGCGUACAGUCUUCAACUACAACUUAAGGAGCAGAUCAUCGCUUUUAAUUACCUGGUUGGUCAGCAGAAGGAGAUGGCAGCAAAAGGAGGCAAGAGGCUUCUGCAUUACAGCAGCAUGAAUCGAUCAUCGGCAAAUCGAUCGUCAACACCGUGUUCCCUAGUCACGACAGCUACAGCUACGACGUUACCCCCGAUCAGCAUGGACUCAAGAACUUUCCUACGGACGCCAAUUUGCUCUGCUAAGCGAACGCCAGCAGGAAAGCGUGCGUACAACAUGAACAUGUACCAGCUAGGCAGUUCAUCAGUAGGGUUGAAUGGCACCUCCUCCGGCAUGACGACGUUGCCCCCGCCGUCACCGUUGCCGCUGCCAUCGCCCAUCAAAACGGAUCUAGAUACCCACGCGUUUUUCACUUGAUGGACCGAAUGUAUGCAAAGGAAAGAGAAGCAAUGACGAUGUAUUAUGCAAUUACG